AUGUCUGCUCAGCCCCCCGCACAAGGACCGUUUAUUCUCGUGGCUACUCUGAUUGGCAAGGGCAAGAGCGAGGCUGAAAAGCUUGCCGAACUUGUUACUGCUGUCGCGAAGCGUGCUAACUCGAACGAGGAGCCCGGCACGAAGACGUACCGCCUCUCCCGUGAGUACAGCGAGGGCCUGAAGCUGGUCGUCUUUGAAGAGUACGACAAUGCUGAGGCGCUGAAGGCGCACCAGGCUGCGCCCGAGUUCCAGGCGCUGGCCAAGGCCGCGCCCGAGCUCGCCGCUUCGUUCGACAUGAACUACUUGAACCAGAUCUACCCCUAG